GAGCCUCACUCAGGAGGGAAUGGUAACAUUGCUAGCGCAGGUCGAACAAUGCUUAAAUUCAAGACCCCUGAUUCCGCUUUCUAGUGAGCCAUCGGACACGCAACCGCUCACUCCGGGUCAUUUUUUGGUAGGGUCGAACAUGCUGGCGUUGCCACAAGUUGAUAGGAGUCAGGUGUCAGGCAAUAGAUUGAAGGAGUUUGAUUUGGUGCAAAAGCAUAUGCAGCAUAUAUGGUCGCGUUGGUAUCCGGAAUACUUGCAGCAGCUUCAGGCCCGGGCCAAACGUUUAAUAGUUCCACCAGUAUCGCUAGAAGAAGGGCAAUUGGUAAUCAUAAAGGAAGACAAUAUACCACCAGACAAGGAAGGGUAGAAUAACACGAUUGCACCCAGGAAAGGACGGCGUUGUUAGAGUCGUAACACUUCGUACAGCUGCAGGAAAGGAGAUUGGUGCGCAGCAGCUAGAUUGGCAAUCCUUCCAAAUCCAAACGUAUGUGAAGACAAUUAACCUCGAACACCAAGGCUAGGAGGCCAACUGUAAUGUAAACAACCACACCGCACAUACACACGACACGAUACACGAAGUGACAGAUCGACACUUGCAACUUGUACAACACAACACCACACUUGCACAACAUUUGCUAUCUCUGAGGCGAAGUUAGA